AUGGAGUAUUGUGUAAUUUGCAAGGAAUUAUCAACCAAUGGCCUCGAAACAGUGGAACUUAGGCAAAAAGGAAGCGAUGGCAUCAACAAUGCAAGUAAACUACGUGGCGACACACUCCAAACUUUUGCAGGACAGCGUGUACAAAAAUGCAGGCAGAAAUACUGUCAUGUAAAGGUUAUUCGUUCCUACAUAAAGAAACAUACGGCUGAUGAAGAAACAUCCUCUAGUGCAAGUCGUACCCUGCGUUCCAGUGAACCAACAUUUGAUUUUGGUGAACGAUGUUUAUUUUGCAGCCAGCCUGCUAAACUUACGGGAAACAAAAGAGGACAUGAUGUUUUUCCUGUUAGAACAUUAGAUUUUCAAACCACAUUAAACCGAAUUUGUGAAGAGCGAAGAGACGGUUGGGCUGAGAAAGUGCAUGGCAGAAUAUCUUUUUCCCAAGAUCUCAUUGCAGCAGGUGCAAUUUAUCACCAACUUUGCAGUACCAAUUUUCGGACGGGGAAGCAAGUACCGCUUUCUCAUCAAACUAACGGAAGCAAACGACAAAAGAAAGGCAGGCCAACUGAUAAGUCUAGGCAAGAGGCAUUCUUGGAGGUUGCAAAAUAUCUUAAGGAAAACGAUGACGAGCAGAUAACUGUGAACGAUCUUAUGAAUAAGAUGGCAGAAUUCAACGACCAAGAACCUUACAGCGCACGGUAUAUGAAAGAAAAACUUAAAGAGCAUUUUGGAGAAAACAUCGUUAUUGCUAGUAUCAAUGGUAAGGCUGAUGUCGUAACAUUUAGGAGUACAGCUUCGACCAUCUUGCAAAAUUUUUAUGACGCUUCUAGAGAUGCUGACCCUGAAGCCGAUAAAAUCAGAGUGAUUAAGGCAGCUGCAGAUCUCAUAAAAACGGACAUCAAAAGUAAGGACAUCUCUAAAAGUUUUUAUCCAUUACCUGGAGAGAUUUCGUCUUUGGAUGAAAACUGCGCUUUUCUACCUGAAACGUUGUAUUUGUUUCUGAGAACAAUAUUUAACGAAAAGAGUGGAGAGCGAAAGAUUGCUUCCAUAGGGCAAGCCAUUAUUCAAGCCGCUCGGCCCAGGGUCCUGAUAGCUCCUCUUCAAAUCGGCCUGGCAGUCCAAAUGCACCACCAUUAUGGAUCCAAAUUUUUAAUUGAUUCCUUGAAUAGUCAUGGGUUUUGUUCCUCUUACACUGAAGUUAAGAAAUUUGAAAUGAGUGCGGCGCAAACAAAAGGCACAGAUAUUCCUGGUUUAACCCCUGGUCACUUUGUACAAUAUGUAGCAGAUAAUGUAGACCACAAUGUCUGUACGUUGGACGGACAGAACACUUUUCAUGGUAUGGGGAUAAUAGCUGCUGUUACUCCGGCCACGCAUCCAGAUUCUCCAAUACCGAGGUGUUCUACCACAGCUGCAGAGAUAGCAAAUAUUGGAAAGAUUGAUAUUCACUAUUACAAGACGGCUAAUGAUGUCAAAGUGCCUUUGGUUUAUGAGAAACUGCCAUGUCUUUCUAACGUCAAUAAAACUUGGAAGUUAGACUCUCUCUGCAGUUUAGUUUGGCCAAUUCGAUCCCCCAAGCCAAAUUGGUCUGGAUUAAUGCAGACUAUAAGCAAAGGAAGCCAUCCCGGAAAAUCUUCUGUUACAUUCUUACCAAUGAUUGACAUGGAUCCAACAAACAUGAGCUGUAUAUAUUCAACGCUUAAAUUUGUAGAAGCACAUUGUAAAAGACAACAUACCACGCCUAUUAUUACAUUCGACCAACCCUUGUGGUGGAAAGCGCAGCUUAUCGUAGAGAGUGAACGACCAGACAGUGAACUGCGCUCUAUAAUACUUCGUCUUGGAGGAUUCCACGCAGAAAUGAGUUUUCUUGGUUGCAUUGGCAGCAUUAUGUCUGGUUCUGGUAUUGAAGAACUUUUAGAGUGUGUGUAUGCUUCAAAUACGGUGGGACACAUGCUCAGCGGCAAAGCUGUUCAAAGGGCAUUCAGAGGACAUUUACUAGUGGAAAAUGCUCUAAAUGCAAUUCUCACCGCCGAUGCCUUCAAUUUAAGUCUACCUAAGGCGUGUUUUGCCAAGAAUUAUGAAGAGGGAGAGCUUGUGAAAGAUCGAAGGCAAACAGUUCCAGUACUCGACAGCGUUGUAGUUGAGCGCGAUGUUCUUAAUGUUGCAGACACAGAGCCAGUGAACCGCGGGGACCGAAGUCAAACAGUUCCAGUGCUCGACAGCGUUGUGGUUGAGCGCGAUGUUCUCAAUGUUGAAGACACAGAGCCAGGGAAACUCAGCGACCCAAGGCAAACAGUUCCAGUGCCCGACAUAGUUGUGGUUGAGCGCGACGUUCGAUAUGUUGAAGACACAGAGGCAGUGAAACGCGGGGAACCAAGGCAAACAGUUCCAGUACCCGAAAAAGUUGUAAUGGAGAGUGAUGUUCUUAAUGUUGAAGAAACAGAGCCAGUGAAAGGCAAAGACCCAAGUCAAAACGUUCCAGCGCCUGGCAGUGUUGUAAUCCAAAGGGAAGUUCCCGAUCUAAUUCACAAGGCAGUCGAAUUGUAUGAAAGG